GGGUCGCCGAAAGUGAUGACGUUGAAGGAAGUGCGCCGGUGCGCUCGGAACUCGUUGGCGUUAUCUGAUAGGUUGCCGAUAGCUCGCCAUUGCCGCUUUGCUGUGUGUCUGUAUCGUGUCCUGGCGGAAGGAAGAAUGAAGGCUUUGCUUUUGCUGCUGCUUGUCGGGGUUCUCGGCUGCUGGGCGGUGGAGGUGAAGAGGCCCCGGGGGGUCUCCCUAUCCAACCGCGCUUUCUACGAUGAUUCCAAGCCAUUCACUUGCCUAGAUGGAUCUCGGACAAUUCCUUUUGAUAGAGUCAAUGAUGAUUACUGCGACUGCGCCGAUGGGACAGAUGAACCUGGAACCUCAGCCUGCUCCAAUGGGCGAUUCCACUGCACCAACGCCGGCUACAAACCCCAGUACAUCCCAUCGUCUCGCAUCAAUGAUGGAAUCUGUGACUGCUGUGACACAACAGAUGAAUAUAACAGUGGGGCGCUGUGUGAGAAUACAUGCAGGGAAAUGGGCAAGAAAGAGCGAGAAGAGCUCCAGAUGGCGGCGGAGAUAGCCAGAGAGGGGUUUCGGGUGAAACAAUUGUUGAUUGAGGAUGCCAGGAAGGGCAGAGAGGAGAAACAGACCAAGUUACAGGAUAUGGUACAGAGGCGCCAGGCCCUGCAGAGCCAAGUGGACGCUCUGCGCUUACAGAAAGAAGAAGCAGAAAAGCCUGAGCAAGAAGCAAAGGAUGCACAUCAAAAGGCCUGGGAAGAGCACAAAGAAGCAGAGAAGGCUGAAGAGGAUAAGCAGCGAUCGCUGGAGGUCUUCACUGAGCUGGACCAGGACUCUGAUGGAAUGCUGGCUGCUUCUGAGCUGCGCUCUCACAUGGAGCUGGACGUGGACGGCGAUGGAGCUAUGUCAGACGAAGAGGCACAGUCUUUGCUUGGCGACACUUCUGUGGAUGUCGGCAUUUUCCAGGAGUCUGUCUGGCCUCAGAUCCGAGAAAAGUUCAAAUCAGAGACCGAUGCCCAGGCAGUGCCUCCUAUAGAGGAACCAACUGAGUCUCACCCAGAGGUCCCUGAGGAUGAGGAUGAGGAAGAUGGAGAUGAGGGAGAAGAUGAUGAAGAGGAUGAACCUGAAGAGGACAUUAGGGUUCCACCCAGCAAGGCACAGGAGGCAGAACCAGAGAUGCCACCUUAUGAUGAAGUGACGCAGGCUUUGAUUGAUGCUGCUCAGACAGCCCGUUCAACGUAUGAAGAAGCAGAGAAGUCUCUGCGUGACAUGGAGGAUACUAUUAAGGGUUUGGAGAAGGAGAUUUCUUUAGAUUUUGGACCCACUGGAGAAUUUUCUUACCUCUAUGGAGAGUGCUAUGAGCUUUCGACAAGCGAGUACGUUUACCGUCUCUGCCCAUUUAAUCGUGUGACUCAGAAGCCGAAACAUGGAGGAUCUGAAACCAACCUUGGGUCAUGGGGAUCCUGGGCAGGACCUGAGGAUAACAAAUUCAGCUUUAUGAAGUUUGAGCAUGGUACAUCAUGUUGGCAAGGACCAAACCGCUCAACACUGGUGAAGUUAUCCUGUGGGAAGGAUUCCAUUUUGACCUCCACAUCAGAACCAAGCCGCUGCGAGUACCUGAUGGAGUUCUUCACCCCUGCAGCCUGCCACCCACCCCCCGAGGUCCUGCCAGAUGACCAUGAUGAGCUGUAAUACAGAUGAAGCUGCUCUCUUUUGGGGCCCGAAGAUGUGCGACCAGUAAGGUGGGAACCCUCCCCUGCUUAAGAAAACCUCUCCAGAAGAGCCUCCUCUCUGAGCCAAUCACGUGCCGACACCCUACCCUCCUUCCACGGGCAACCAGACACUGGCAACCAGAAGACACAUUCCAUCCCUUAGCACUUUGCCUUUCCCUAAGCUGUACAUAUUGCUGGAAAUGGCUUGUCAUGUUGUGUUUUGUUAAAUAAAAGAGUCCUACCUUUUA